AUGGAUGCAGAUGUGAUCUUUGGGCGACGCAAAUCGAGCUCUCUUGAAUAUUCUGACCACUUGGAACCAGGGAGAACAAGAAGCGUAGCGUGCAAUUCUAGCAAAGCUGAUCUUUUGUCGAUCAAGGUACCUGUUCAAACCAAGAGGCCGACAAGCAUGAUGGCCAAGUUCUCAGAGCUGCCCUCGGAGAUCCAGCUACUCAUCUUCAAACAGUUUGACAGACCAACACUACAUUCCACCGUCCAGGUCAACGAGGCUUGGCAUCAUAUGAGUGCAGACCUACUCUGGGAGGAACCAUCCUUCGGCCGGAUCGCAAAGUUGGUUACUCUGCAAUCUGUGCAGAGACGUCAGUACUAUGCGAGCAAAAUCCAGAAGUUCAAGAUCAACAGACUGAGCAUUACUUGUGCUUUCGACAAACUUGUAUUCUCGUCAUUACAAGACCUUCGGCUGCAUAGCAGUCUCGGCGAUCCACGCGCAUCGAUUCACCUCAUUCCAUAUCUACAGCGGGCCAUCCGAACGCUGAGCUUUCGCGGUUGUGGGCUGGAUUCGCGAUCUCUCGGUCUGAUAGCGAGUUGUUGUCCUGCCCUGGAAAGAUUAGAGAUGUUCGAUCUUCUUGUCAAUGUCGAAGACUACGAGUUUGCAAAAUUCGUUCAGCUCUUGUCCCGUUUACGAGAGUUGUUCCUAGGCGGCAAGUUCGCCGCCUCGGCCGCUACCAUAAUGCUCAAACGCAAUACCAAAAACCUGGCUCCGACACUUGAGCGUCUGGACUUGCAUCUCGUUGGCUCCCCAGAUCCCGAGUCAUUCCGCAUGUUCGUAAUGAACUGCGAGUCGUUGCAGCAUUUAAGCAUCCACAGCAACCCAGCGGCACGGCCUUUACAGCUCAUGACUGGCAGAGUUUUAGCCCAUGUGUUGAACGCAAAUCCUCUGCAACACUUAAGUGGCGAUUGGCUCAGUCCUGGUCUACUGCAGCAGAUCCCCGUGUCGUCAACAUCAGUACAAUCUUUCGGAAAGCUCAAGUCAUUGAUGAAAUCGGGCUACAUCGAGUCGCCUUCAAAAGCUCGAGCUCUAUCUACAAGACGUCACCACACGUUUGUUCUCAUACAUCGGGAGUCAAAGACAGCUCAGACAUUUGGCCAUAGCUUCACACCCGCAUCAAGAGGUGCUGUCCAUGACACAUCUAUCGCCUCUUGCCAAUCUGACGUCGCUCGACACGUUCGCACGGCUAGUCUCUGGCUUCUCACAACUCACCACUCUGGUCUUGAACGUGAAAAGUUCGUACUUGAGUGUUGCAUCGAUCAGGUCAAUCUCCCAAGCCUGUCCGUUAUUGAAGCGUUGUGCUCUCGUCUACGAUCACGAUCUGUACACAUGGGGCCCACUCAGACAGUUCCAGGGCCUCUGUUUCCAAAUCUGGUGAGCCUAUACCUGGGCAGCGUGACAGACAUGGAAGGCGAAGGGCUGUUCACCUACAGAGGCCUCGUCGACAUGCCCGCCGUUUCGAUGCGCCUCAAUUGGCUUAACACUAGCAGAGCACAGCGUUCUGCCGAGAGGCUUCUGAGGUGCGUGUCUCGUCUGGAAAAGUUUGGUAUGGAGACGACCACAGAAACUGGAUCAGUGGUCAAGAAUGUGUUGGUCCGAAUGAGACCGUGCAAGGGAUUGAGAGCAGGAGAUGUGGCUGAGAUACCGAUAACCAUUGUCGAAGGCCCAUUCUUUGCCAGUGACUUCAUGCGUUAUCCAUGA